CCGGCGUAGCGUCUGCCCCCGCCUCAACACCAACAGAGAAGAAGCGGGAGGACAGAGAACCAUUGCCGGGUUAAGAAAACAACCUCAACCGCAGCAGUAUCAGCACACAGCCGUUGAUCGCAGCUAGCGCCAUGGCGGCAGUGCGUAGCUUACGGGUCUCGGUGAAAUCAGACAGCGGCUCGGACCGCUCGGAAUCGGACUCCGACUCGGACAGAGAUGUCCGCGAAGCCGAACCGAUGGAAGUGGAGGAGGGAGAGCUGGAGACGGAGGACAUUUCUGUUAACCGUUCCCUGAAGGAGCUGCUACCGGAUACGAGCCGGAGAUAUGAGAACAAGGCCGGAGCCUUCAUCACGGGGAUCGACGUCAACUCAAAGGAGGCCAUUGAGAGAAAAGAGAAGCGAGCGAGACGUUUCCAUAUCCGUCCUGAGGAGAACGUUGAACACAGGAACGUUUUUCUGGAUAAAGACACCAUGAAGAAAGCUAUCUCCAGCCUGCGUUUGGAGGCGGUCUACGUGACGGGCGUGGACGACAUGAGCACCCAGGACAUCUUUGGAUACUUCAGAGAGUACCCCCCCGCCCACAUCGAGUGGAUCGACGACACGUCCUGUAACGUGGUUUGGCUCGAUGACGACACGUCCAUCCGAGCCCUCGUCAACAGCAGCCGGAUGCCUGACCCGGAGGCGGUUACCACGGAGACGGCGAGCACCAAGCAGUCGGGCGAACAGAGCAAGGUGGCCGGUCGCCUGGGGCAAUGCUCGGAGGACGAGGAUGAUGAUGACGAGGAAGAGGAAGAGGGCGAGGUGGACGACGAUGAGGCUGUGAAGAAGAGCGGCGAGGAGAUCGAGGCCAAGGACAGCGACGGAGAGGUGGCGCCCAAAGCCAAGACGCAGGACGUCCAGGUAGAGGACCUGUCCCAGGUGGAGAGAGAGUCUCUCCUGAGGAACGACCUUCGUCCGGCCAUCAAACCCUUCAAAGGAAACAAGCUCUUACUGCGCUUCGCCACACACGAUGAUAAGAAGGAGCUGGGCGCCGCUCGCCGCAGCAGAUACUACAUGAAGUACGGAAACCCAAACUAUGGAGGCAUGAAGGGAAUCCUCAGCAACUCCUGGAAGAGGAGGUUUCACAACCGGCGGAUCCAGCGAGACGUCAUCAAGAGCAAGAAGCCUCUGAUCGGAGACAACCUGGGACACACGCCGCCGUACACACACCGGCACUCGGCGGACCUGGUGAACCUGCCUGAGGAGCCAAUCAAAGAGGAGGAGGAGGAGGAAGAGGAGGAGGAAGAGGACGGAGACGAGUACAUGGAGGAGGACGACCGCGUGGUGGAGUACAAGGAGCGAGCGGAGAAGGAGCGCAGCGAGCGGGGCGGAGGCGUGCGCCCGCUGGGGCCGGGUCUCCGCGGCCGCGCCGAGCGCUCCCCGUCCCGUUGGUCGGAGUCGGACGAGAUGGACUACGACCUGGAGCUGAAGAUGAUCUCCACGCCAUCGCCCAAGAAGACCAAGAAGAUGACCAUGUACGCAGACGAGCUGGACACACAGCUGAAGAGCAUCAGGAACCGGGUGGGGGGGUCGGGGUCACAGAGCCGGGCCAAGUCCACGUCGCCCUGCAAGGUGACGGACGUCAGGCAGCUGCUGGAGGAGAAGAAGAGACACUCUCAGCACAGACAGCCCCCCCCGGUGGCCACCAGCGGGAAGACAGAUGUACGGCAGCGUUUGGGGAAAAGGCGCUACUCUCCCGACAGACGGCGCUCGCCCUCCCCCGUCUCCCCCAGAGACCUGCCUCCAGCCAGAGAACCAAUCAGAGACGUGCAUCGCAGACUGGGCGUGGCCACGCAAGAGCACAGAGCCGACUACUCCAACUCAUCCAAAGACAGAAAGAGCGGUCUGUGGAGCAGACUGGGCUCCGUGGAAGACGACAGCGGCGCAGGACGCAGCGAGCGCAGGCCCAGCAGCCCAGCGGGCCUGUUCCCCUCCUCCUCCUCAUCCUCAUCCUCCGCGGGGAGGAAGGACGCCAGCGAGGGCGCCGGCAGAAAGGAAGACGAGGAGGUGGAGGAGGAAGAUGACUCGACGCUGCAGAAGAUGUGGGGCGCCAUGAUCAAGCAGAAACAGGAGCGCGUGUCGACCAGGAUCAAGAAGAGCCGGCUGGACCACCUGCCCUCGCUGCAGAUCGAGAUCAGCCGCGACAGCAGCGAGGACUCGGACGCCUGAAGGGCCAUAGGGGGGCGGGGCCAGGGACCAGGGGAGCGGGGCCAGGGGUGGGGGGGCUGGGGGACCAGGUGCUUCUCUUUCUGAACUUCACAUCUUUUCUCCAUGAACAGAAAUAUAAAGAGCAGACUGCAGACCUGAGGCCAGUGGGCUGGUUCUCUUUAGUUUUUAUUUCGUGUCUCCAGAACAGAUUUACUGAACUGAAAGGGCCCCAAGGGUCCAGGGGGCCUUCGAGGGUUCGGGGGGCCUUCGGGGGUCCAGGGCCUUUGG